AUAACUGAGUUUACGCAGACGCAGAAGACGCAGGCAAACCUGAGGUCCUCAGAAUGGCGGGCACAGGUUUGGUGGCUGGAGAGGUUGUGGUGGAUGCGCUGCCGUAUUUUGAUCAAGGUUAUGAAGCCCCUGGUGUGCGGGAAGCGGCUGCAGCGCUGGUGGAGGAGGAAACUCGCAGAUACCGACCUACUAAGAACUACCUGAGCUACCUGACAGCCCCGGAUUAUUCUGCCUUUGAAACUGACAUAAUGAGAAAUGAAUUUGAAAGACUGGCUGCUCGACAACCAAUUGAAUUGCUCAGUAUGAAACGAUAUGAGCUUCCAGCCCCCUCCUCUGGUCAAAAAAAUGACAUUACUGCAUGGCAAGAAUGUGUAAACAAUUCUAUGGCCCAGUUAGAGCAUCAAGCAGUUAGAAUUGAGAAUCUGGAACUAAUGUCACAGCAUGGAUGUAAUGCCUGGAAAGUAUACAAUGAAAAUCUAGUUCAUAUGAUUGAACACGCACAGAAAGAACUUCAGAAGUUAAGAAAACAUAUUCAAGAUUUAAACUGGCAGAGAAAGAACAUGCAACUCACAGCUGGAUCUAAAUUGAGAGAAAUGGAGUCAAAUUGGGUAUCCCUGGUCAGUAAGAAUUAUGAGAUUGAACGGACUAUUGUUCAGCUAGAAAAUGAAAUCUAUCAAAUUAAGCAGCAACAUGGAGAGGCAAACAAAGAAAACAUCCGGCAAGACUUCUGAAAAGACCAUUUAGCAGGUAGAAGAAAAGUUGGGCUUUCACAAAAGGCAUCUGAACUUUUAAUGAACUGUGAAGGACAACAGCAUCUUCCCAAAACCAUUGAUGUUUAAGUGUUUAGAAAUCACAGAACGUGUAGGCUGCUAUGGUAAUUCUAUUUGUAUAUCUCAACAGAAUUAAAAUGUCUAGCUUGGUGGUAUUUUUAUAGCCAUAAAAGAAAAUCUUUAGGCUUUCAAAGUAAGUAUGACUUUAGAAUAAUAUUGUGUCAUAGAAUUAGUUUUCAGCCAUGUGGACCAUAUUUUGUAUCCAAGGAUCCUUAUUUAAAGCUUUCAACAUGUACAGGAAGUUGGAAAUUUUUGGUUUAUGACUUUGUCUAAUAAAGAGAUAGUUCUAAAUGUAUUCUUGAUCACCAAACAAGACUUCAGAAAUACAGUGACUGUACAGAGUCAUCAUUAUCAUCAUCAUCAUAGGUAACAGUUAUAUCAAGCUUAAUAUGUGCUGAACACUUUAGGUAGAUGAACUGGAUGUAUGUGAAUAAAAAUUAUUUGGUCCUAACA